UAACUAAUUGUGUUCCUUUUCAGUAAAAUAGUAUCAAUGGAUUUGGGUUUAUGAUGAGCACACUGUAGGCUAGGCUACAUUUUCACUAAGUAGUGUAUAUCGCUAUACGCUAGCCUAUAUAUUCCCAAAGGAAAUGUCUGUAGAGUAAGCUACCUGUUCGUUAAAUUGGCAAUUGUUUAUUUGAAUUGGGGCGUGUGCACCUAAUUACGGUUAUUUCAGUACAUUAAAAUUCGAGUGUACCUAUGUAGCCUAGUAAGUUAUUCCCCAUUAGUUAAAUAGCCUACAUCAUUUAGCCUACUUAGCCUUUUGUAGUUCUUUUGGACGCGCUUUACGAUGUGCUGGUAAUGCAUGUGUUUUAUUUCAGAAAGUUUGAACGAAGAAUGCUAUUUAUUAUAUUAUAUUAUAUUGUGCUACAUGUCACCUUCGUGCUAAAUUAGCGAACUGACAUUGUAAUCACGCGCGCAUUGUGAAUUCAGGAAUAUAGAAAAAUGGUUCGGUAAAGAAACAAAACUAGUUACUCUUUUAAUCUAAUACUUCGUGUACAGCAUUUAACUGGUUUAUGACAGCUUUGCCAACUUGAAGUUGAAGGAGAAAUGUAAAACAAGGUAAAAAAAAUUGAAUGGAAAAUGUCUCAACACUAUUUAAGAGUUUGUGAGGCACUGUAGCAGAGAGGCAGGCAAGGCUCCCUAACCCUCCCCAAACCCCACCCUCUACCCCAACCACUUCUCCCGCCUGCCAUGGUCUCAGCUUCCCCGCUCUGCAGCAGUGUGCGUGGCUGGGUCAGCACUGACCAUAUCCCUUUGUGCAGCAUCAACGAAGACCGAGUAUCCUAUACUGAAGAUUCUCCCAGUGUAAAACUGCAGUCGCCACUUUGUAAGGAAUGUGGUGUUAACAGCGAGCACAUGCAGGUGGAUCCCACACAGAUGAAAGUAGGAGAUGGAGGUGCAGUGAGCACAGGGGGCGGGACUCCAAGCAAAGUGCUAGAGAGCAUGGUGGGAAACCCUCCACCUAAGACAUUGUCUCCAGAGCUGGCUACAGAUGUGAAUCAGCAGUCUAAGCCAGCUCCAGAAUCAGACUUCAGACCAUCCCAUGUCUCCUCAAAAACCAGUCAUCUGCAGCACUGCCUUGAAGCCUCUCCGUCUGUAUGCUAUGAUAGCGCCCCCUUGUUACGCACUGUGCCAGUGAACAUGGCACUGCAUGAGAAAGCAGAGAUUCCAAAACAGAGCAUGGAGGGUGCUGCGACCCAUCCCAGGCAUCAACGGCUAAGUGGGAAAAGGGACAACGUCACCCCCAACCCCAAUCCCAGCACUGGGAACCCUGGAAAGAGGGCACCAGCACAGAUUCAGUCUGUGAUUAGUCUGUCCCCAGGUUUCCAGUGCUCCACUCACUUUAAACCAGGCCAGCCAGUGGCCUUUUUCCCCACUGCUAACCUCAGCCCUCCAUUGUGCAAGAUCACUCUUCCCCCUGCUUUGGGCCAGAUUGCGGCUUUAAGAGAAGCUACGGCUAACCAGUUCAGCAAGGUUUGUCACCUACAAGGCUCAAACUCCAGUAGUACCCCUCAGCUUCGGCCACACCCUUACCAUUUCUCCAUUGGAAGAGUUAUUACCCCCGAAAGCAAACCUUCCACUGCAGCAAAACACACUUGUGGCCCUGCUGCUUGCAGCAAGAGUUCCAAAGUGGGCAGAGACCAUGAUUCACCCCUGGACUCAGGAGCCUCACCUACCAUUGCAGUCCCAUUGAAGCAACCAACAUUAGGCUCUGCCUCUAUACCCCCUCUGUCCCUGCCUCCUUCCUCUCAAGGUGGGUGCAGCACAGCUAUAUCCAGCUUUUCUGAACACAGCAGACUGCAGAACUAUGCAGAGAAGCAUGCAUCCCAUCCCAGCCUUGAAAGUACAUCAGUCACACAUGCAAGACUGAAGUCCCCAGGUGCCACAGAGGAGAAUGCUCUAAUGUGCUCGGCUGAUGUAAGGGACAUGCCACUGGAUUUGUCUGCAAAGUCAAAAAGACAGAAGUCUUCUGCAGCCCCUCCAAAGUCACCCAAAACAGAGGUCUGCAGUACAGAAGCAGGGAAGAAUGAUGCAACCUCUCUAAAGAAGGCUCCUUGUGCACAGACCUCCAGCCUUGGUCCUUCUGCACCUUAUACCGUCUUUCCAGAGACACUGAAAAAUGGUGCUCUUGCAAAGAAUUCUACCAGCUUUUUGGAUCACCAGGGCUCUGAAGCAUCUGCUUCCUGGGGAAAAAUCUCCUCACCGGGCUCCAUAAACCCCCCAGGGACCUACGUGGGGGUGGCCAGUCCUGUACUUGCCUCCACCCUGCGCAGCAAGGAUGGGAAGGGGACUUCUUUUGUGGAGGACCUGCAAAGCACGGCUAAACAGGAGACCAUCUCCAUCGUUGACCAAGGGGAGCACCUGGGCUGUAGGGGAAGGAAAGGACCUUCUGUGAUCAAGGAUCCACAGAAGUGCCCUACCUACAAACACUCGAGUGAUAUUCGUUUAGCUGGUCAACCCAAGGAUGUCUUUCCCUUAGCUUUAUCUGGCCCUGCUAAGUCGCAUACCCAUUGUACACUCAGCUGUGGGAAAGCAGUCAUCCCACAUUCUCCUAAUGGCAGCAAGCCAGCAUGGCACCAGCUCAGUCUUCUCCCCCACCAGGGAGCUUCUGCACUGCGACAGAAAAAAUCUCAUGGGGCCCCCCAAUCACAGUUGGGCAAUGGCAGUGAGGGCGUCCCUUUUCAGGAUCCCCUCUCAAAUGCAUCCCAUGCAAAAGAAGAAAAGUGGGACAAAACCAAGUUUCCUGUCUCCAACCUGGAAUCCAUAGUGAAACCUCUGGAGACAUCUGAACUCCCCAGUGAUGGAUGCCGUAAUCUGACAACCUUAGACACGGAGAGUUCUGAAGCUGUGGCUGUGCACGUCGGGUAUCAAGAUGCCAAAUCAUGGCAGGUCACAUCCAGAGAGUUCCAACUGUUGAAGUCUUCCAAGAAGAGAGAAGGGAAACUUGAGAAAGAUCUCCAAGGAGGGGUUCACACUCGGGUUUCCUGCAAGCAAGAGAAAUGGAUUGCUACUGAACAAAAGAAAAGAGAAAAGACCUCAGAAAAACGACUCAAGCAGGAAGAAAACUCAGGCAGCAAUGACUUCUCAAACACUUCAAGAACUCAUGACAAGAAUAAAAGGAGAACCAAGUUUAUCCAUGACUCCAAUGAUGAUAAUGCUGAGGUGAGGUCUGUCACUGAAAGCCUCUCCCCUUGUGUGAAGUUGGAAGGCAUUGCUUUCUCCAUCCUCAAGGGUCAGUGCACAGGUGUCACAGAGCUAAAGGAGAAAGCAACUGGAACCAAAGAUAUGAAAAAUGUUCAUUCUAAAGCUAGAGCACCAGUCAACAAAUGCAAAAAGCUCAGUUCCAGCAAGAUUGACAAACUGUCAACAGAAAACUUGAGAAAGAUGGUAGCAUGUACCAAAAAGUCACAGGAAAGCAAGAUCAAGAAGGCAAAGAAACAGAAGAAGCAGCCGGUACCUGGACUGGAGCUCAGCCAGCCAGAGGCAGAGGAGGGCAAGAGGAAACGUGGGGGGAGGGGCAGUAUUGCUUCUGCAGAGCAGCUCUCUCACAGCCAAGCAGGUGAAGUGAGCAGUGACUUUAUGGCCCGACAAAGCACAGCAAACCAAGGUUUGCAGCAGAGCAGCCCUGGUAGACCAAGAAGGGAGGGGCAGGGCGCCACCCCCAGGUUGAGGAGAGGUCGCCGGCCGACAGAGAAGGUGCUUCAAGAGAACCAGAGCCCCUCUCCCUCCCCCUCUCCCCCUCCACUGCCUCCACUUCCUCCACCUCCGCCGUCGCCCUCCGCCCCGUUCCGCAGGCCCAGAGGCCGGCCUCGCUCGAACCCGCUGCCCCACCAGACCCAGGGGGCCGCGGCCACGCCAGCCACACAUGGCGGGAAUGCAGACACGUGUGCGGGAAAGAAAAGGCGCCGUCGCUGGAACAGGAAGUACCAGAACGGGGAGUACAUCGUGGAGCGCGAUCAGACCAGAGAAGAACCGGAGGAGAAGUGUGUGACCACGCGACAGGCCGCUCGAGCAGAAGCAGACCUGAGGACCACAGGUGUCUACCCGCGCCAGAGCGCCACCCUUCCGUGUGUGGGCACCAGCCCGGAGAGCGGCACCAGAAGGGCUCUCCUCACCCGCUCAGGGUCGGCGCGGAGGUCCGAAUCCUGUGCCAGUCCAGAGCCCGGUGACAAGCCCGCAGGCAAACGGAAGUUCAAAAGCAAACACUUGUCCGACACAGAAGAGGAGAAGCUCAAGAGUAAGCGCGGCCACCUCGGGAAGCGCGCCGCUCCUGCGGCCGAUGCGGACAGCCCCCCAGCGAAGAGGCUCCACCCCCCUGGCUCCGUUUCCACCCCGAAGGGUCUGUCCUCGCCCCUGGCUGGCCGGAGAGGGAGCGCUGGCAGGGGGGGCGCUCCCGAGUCCUCCCCCGUCCGGCCCGCCCCCCCAGAGGUGCGCAGGCUAAUAGUGAACAAGAAUGCUGGGGAGACCCUCCUUCAGAGAGCCGCUCGAUUAGGCUACCAGGAGGUUGUCCUGUACUGCCUGGAGAAGGACGUGCGGGAGGUGAAUCGCCGUGACAACGCGGGCUACACCGCUCUGCACGAGGCCUGCUCGCGCGGCUGGGCUCACAUCGUCCGAGUGCUGCUGGACCACGGCGCCGACGUCAACUGCAGCGCCCAGGACGGCACGCGCCCAAUUCAUGACGCAGUGGUUAAUGACAACAUGACUGUGGUGUGGAUGUUGCUCAACCACGGGGCGGACCCCACCCUGGCCACCUACUCUGGGCAGACGGCGCUCAAACUGGCCCAGAGCAACAGCAUGAAGAAGUUCCUCAUGGAAUACUUUGCAGAUCUGGAAGGACGGGAUGAGCAGGAUCCCGGACUGUGCUGGGAUUUCUACAGCAGUGCUGUGUUUGAGUCUGAAGAGAAGGCAUGCUGGGAUUUCCUGCUCUCACUCCCCAAUGAGGAGGAGGCGAAGGAGACUGAGGAGAGGACAGAAGGGGACUGUUUCCUGUUUGAAUUCUCAGCUGAGCCCCUUUUACCCUGCUACCAUAUUCAAGUGUCACUGACCCAGGGCUUCUGCAACUGGUUCCUCCUGUCAGACGUUUUGAGGCGCCUGAAGAUGUCCACGCGGAUAUUCCGCGCGCGGUACCCGCACUUCGAGGUGGUGGGGAUCUCGCGUGCGGAGCUCUGCCAGCAGGCGUCCGUCAGCCAGGUCACGCCGGUCCCGGGAGAGCUUUGGGCGUCCGGCGGGGAAGGGGAGGGGCCGGUGGAGAUGGUGCGCUGCGUCCCGGACUUGCAGGGGCUGCUGGGUUCCACCAUGCACAUCCUGGAGGAGGCGCAGAGCCGGUAGCUGCCACCGCACCCCCCACCCCCACCCUCCCCCAAAACUCAAACACUUUUCCCUACACCCCCUCCAGUCUGAACUCAUCUCCCUCAGUGGACAAUCGAAUCAGGACAAAGAGAAGUACCCAUGAGUCCGCAACAGAACCAACAAAACCAGCCAUUGGAAUUCAGAUGCUCAGAAUGGACUGGGUAAUCUUCUCUGAUUUCUAUGUCUGCACUUCUAUAGUGUUAACUGUAUUUUUUAAGGCACACGCCACUUGACUGUGGCAUCCACGGCAUAAGCUUUUUAUCAACUACCACAGCCUGGUCCCCUGAAGGAACGAGAAUUGGACACAGUGGGAUGAAGAAUUCAGAACUGAAGCUUGCAGUUUCCAACUGCAGGCAUUUUCAAUGUCGGUUAAUAGUUUUCAGCAUUUGAAGAACCGUCAACAGCAACAGGGUUAACACAAGUGGGUUAUUUAUAUAUGAGGGUGGUGGAAAUUAAUUUUGUUUCAUCGUGUUCUGUUGCACACCUGCUUAAUUGUGAGAGAAACCAAGUUUUCAGGCUGAGAAAAUUUCUGACUUUUGUCUUGGUACAUUUUUGCACCCAGCUAAGAGGCCAAUGGGCCAGAUGGUUUAGAUGGUUCAGAUGGUUCUGCAAACUAGCAAACCUCUUCUACAGACCGUAGAAAACCCACCCCCGACCCCCCAGUGGCCUCAUAGAGACUAAUGGCCUUGCACUACACCCCUACACCACCCCACCCUAACCCACACCAGUUCAAAGACUCAGUGUUCGUCUACAAAAACAUCCACUGUACAGAGUGAACAGUGGUCAGUAUUGUUUCACCCUUUUGUGUGGGGUUAGGGUUUCUUUCUGUUGUGGGUUUCAGAAUAUGGCAGCGCUUUUCACUAAAAUGUCACAUUUGAUGGUUUUUGACUGGUCUCACCAACUCUAGGUUGACCCUAGUCAUUUGCAAGUUCUGUUUUAUUUUUGUUUUUAGAGGGUGGGGGGUUCACAGUUUCUUUCAGCUGCUGACCUGUUUGUAGCAUAACCCUUCCAAAUGAUUACCUUUUCAGACAUCGACUCCAGCCAUAACCGGUUUGGAUCCUUCUGAGACAGUUUUUUCUUUGAAUAUCUUUAUCUUGUGGAAGGCCGCUUACUUUGCUUUAAUUUCAGUUAACUGCCAAUGAAAAGGUCACAAGAGAUCAAGAUGGCGUGGAAAUGACCCAGGUCGUAACCCAUAAGGCUUGUGAGAAUGAAUCCAGUUCUCAUUGCCCUUCUUCAAUGAAUUCACCUUUCCCACUCUCAUGAACUAAUUAAUUCCCCAUUCUGUGUUUUAUUUACAGUGUUUGAUUUGUAUCCUUGCUUAAUUUAACAGAUGUUAUGAUUAAUAUAUUUUACCUUGUGUAUUUGGCAAAUGAUUUAAUAUUUCUUUGUAUGGUUGGUGCUUUGUUUGAAGUAUUGUAUAUUCCUUUAUUCUCCAAGUUGUUGGUUUGUUUUUCCUUCUCUGCAUAUUUUAAUACGCCAAAGUACAGUUAUAUUGUACUGGUGCUACCCUAGAUUUUGUGUUUGACAAUCACUGAAGUUUCGUUCGAAGUUUAAACCAAUAAAUUAUAUUUAAAUAGAAGAGAAAGAAAUGUAAAGGAUGCAAAGUCGAGUUUCUGGCUGCAGCAUAAUUAUGUUGAUGGGUACAAGGUACGUUGAGAACGUAGGGAAGGACACCUUUUUAUUUAUGUCUUUUAUAAGAAAAGCAAACCGAAUAAACCUUGAUUGUC